AUGGAGUAUCCAGCCCCGUAUGCGGUCUCUGCGACGGAUCGAAGUGGUCUGAUCGUUAUCGUCGAGAUGCUUUUCAUGUGCUGGAUGAUCAUGGUGAGUCUGAUUCGACUGUAUAUGCGCCUCGCAAUCAACGGGCCUGUGCAGGUUGAUGAUCUAGUGGUGUUUGCAGGAGGUGUUUUUGCCAUCGCCCACGUUGGAACAACCAUGAACGCAAUUUCCCAUGGCCUGGGCCGAUCGCAGGACGAAAGCUCCCUGUCGGACUUGAAACGUGCUGGAGAGGGUGUCUACGCAGCAAAUCUCCUAUUUCUAGCUGGCCAUGGCGCCGCCAAGAUCUCCAUUUGCUUGUUGCUCAAGCGGCUGGGCCGCCAAAGAAACUACCUGCUCUGCUCCAAAAUUCUUGUGGGCAUGGUGGUGACAUGGACCAUUGCUUCCAUUUUUGCGGUGGCCCUCAGUUGCUUUCCACAAUAUCUACAGAGCAUGGCGCAGCAUUGCAGUAAUAUCGGACCUGCUUGGAAAUCGAUCACCGCAUUCGAUGUGAUUACGGAUGUUCUCACCUUUGCACUGAGUAUCUUCCUUGUUUGGGGCAUCCAGAUGCGGUGGAAGGAAAAGGCAACGGUGAUUUUUGCAUUUGGGACGAGGCUUCCGGUGAUCAUUUUGGUUAUACUCCGACAAACCUACCUCGACCGUUCGCUUUUCCAUUCCGAUCCAUCGCUGCAUUUAUCGGAUGCACUGAUCACCACCGCCGUCCUCCUCCAUUACAGUAUCAUGGUCUCCACCGUCCCAUGCCUAAAGCCUUUUGUCAUUGCAUUCAAUACUGGAUGGGGACAGGGAGUCACAAACAGUGUUGGUGAACAUCCAUACUUCACCCCUACUGGGAAGAGCGCAUCAACUACUCAAUCACGAGCCUAUAAGGACGACGCCGAUCUGGCGCCACGCCGGCUAUCGCAGGAGAGCCAGAAUUCGCAGCAACUAAUCAUCCACCAGACCCGCGAGUGGACCGUGGAGGAGGAAUAUGAGAUGCACUCAGUCGAUAAUAGACUUUAG